UUUGUUUUAGAUUAGCGGUUCGUAAAAUCGUAAAUACUUGAAUGGUUGUAAAACAAAAUUGUAGUUUACUUUUAUAUUACAGUAAUUACAAUGGAUUGUCGAUUAUAUGAGUCGAAAUUAGCAAACCAUAAGAUAUUCAAAGAUAUUAAAGAAAGUUUAAAUGAUGUUGAUGCUAAAUUGCGCAAUUUAUUCGUCUACAAAGAUGAUGUUUUGUACGUCUGGAAUUCUGUUGAAAACUGCUUGUUUUGUGUAAAUUUGAAUCGGCUUGAAGAACUUGAUGAAAAUACUUCAUAUCAGAAACUUCAACUGGUAUGUCCACCUGCGUUUGCUGUGGAGCAUGUGAUCAGUAGUGAAUGUGGAGGUAAACUCUGUCUGUGGGGAGGCAGAGGUGUGAUGGUGGUGGAGCUGCCAUCAAGAUGGGGAUGUGGGGGACUAUUUGACUCAGGCCGACAGACAGUUUUUUGCAAGAGCUACUCAUUAGAUGAAAAAUUCCUCUAUCUACAAGGGGAAAUACAUAGAGUGCACUGGCAUCCUAAGUCUGUGACACAUCUGUUGGUACUAGUCUCUGAUAACACUAUGAGGCUUUACAAUAUUGGCUUAAAGACUGGUCCUAAGCUAGUGAAAGUGUUCAGUAUUGGCCCAAAACCAGCCGGUGCACUGGGUCAAACAGUUCUCGAGAGUUACGGAGAUGCUGCCGUGGACUUCACACCAACCCCUGACUCUGAACAUCUGUUGAUACUUAGUGGCAAUGGAGAUGUGUAUAUGAUGCACUGUGACAUUGACAAUAAGAGCCUACAUAAACCGAAGCUAAAGGGACCAUUGGCUAUGUAUCCACCAGCGGAUGACAACUAUGGGUCCGAGUCGUGUGCUAUAACUGCGCUGGGUGGAGUCGACACCCCCACGCUUGUGGUGAUCGCGAGCGCCUCGGCUGUACUGUACCAUUGCUUGCUACUGUCCAAUGCUACAGAGAUGGAUGACGACAGCCACGCCCUGUACGUUGUGGAGUCAGUGGAGCUGAACAUCGUGAUGGAGGAGGAGCCAACAGUGUUGCAAUAUGUGUGCCCCGUGCAUCUGUAUCUGGUGAAUCGCAAUACGUACGCGUGCGCGCACGCGGGCGGCGUGCACACCGUCACGCUGCCCGUGCUCGAGCGGCUUAGCGAGUACGCCGCAGCUGACGAAGGUGACACCGAGUCGAUCCUCCAAGCGAUAUGCUCCAAGCCCAGCACGGCGCGGUAUCUGCUCCGCACGAGCGGCAAGGCCAGCCCAACAGUGGGCCUCGCGGUCACUCCGCCGCCGCUGCGGACCCUCCUCAUACUGUGCGCCUCAGGGGAAUUCAUCACGAGGACACUGGAGCCCUGCAACUUGGAAGACCAGCUAUACAAGGAGCUCCAACUCAAAAACCCUGCGCUCGAGCAAGACGACAUCAAUGCUAUACUAAAAGAGAGACAAAAACUACCGUUCACGUCUAUUAUACAAGAAGUAUUGGAAAGGCAAGCUUCACAGCCAAUACUUAAAUUAGAGAAAAAGGAGGAACCCGACCCUAAGGAAUGUCUAGAGUUACUGACACCAGCGACAGUCAGGCUGCGCAGCGAGUACAUAGUGCGCCAGCAGCGAGCCGCCGACGUGUGCGCGCGGAAGAUAGCCUCGCUGAAGGCCCUCAGCGGACAGUACCGGGACUGGCUCGCUGAUUUGCAGAAAGAAAUCGAGAAUGUGCAUCUCCAAUCGACUUUACUUAACAAUAAGCGCGCCUUGGUCGAGAUAUCCCAAGAAGACAUGAAAUACAGAUGUUCAGCGGUGGUGAGGAACCUCCGCGCUGGCUGCGGCAGCUCGGGCGAGGAGCGGCGGCUGCUGGCCGAGCUGCUGCAGCAUCAGAAGCGGGCCGCCGCGCUCGCCGACCACGUGCGCACGCUCAAGCUGCACAAGGAGCACAAGCAGCACGAGAUGAAGAAGUGGCAAGAAGAGUACAAGAAGAAGGAUACAGUGCUCGGCAAGUCACACAGCGACACCAUUUGGUCCGUCCUACAACAACAGACCACACAGAUAUCUUCAUUGAUAGAAGAGACAAAGUUAUUGAAGGACCAACUGGGUGUAGUGUAGAAGAAUAUUGACUAAUAAUUAAUUAAAUAAUUAUCGUACUGAUUGUUGAUUUAGACGUAAGGAAGUAGUCACAUCUAAUUAUUAUUAUUUUUCUUUUCUCAAUUAAUAUGUAAAUUGUAAUUAUCAUUUUGUUCAAAGAGUGCCAAUGAUUCGAACACUUAUAAGUUUAUUUGAUUAAAGCUACGGAAGCGAAGGAAAUCAUUUUGUUGAAAUUAGUGUCAUUAAAUAGGUACACUUUCAUAUAAAUAAUAAUAAUAAAUUAAUUAAAACUGAAA